AUGGACGGUGAAUUGUAUAAUGCUGCAAUUGAUGGAUUAAGCGACCACAAUCUAAUUGGCAAUGCAGACAACAUCAGAUCCAGUGGCCAAAACAACACUAUUCUUCAUAUAGCAGCUAUAUCUGGGAAGCUAAGGCGACUUGAAGAAGAUGAUUAUCUGCUGCGUUUUCUUUACGAGCAAAACAAUGAAGGAAACACUCCACUUCACAUUGCAUCAAAAUUAGGGCAUUUGGAAACUGUAAGAAUUCUAGUGGAAAUGGCACGAAAGACAGAUGUUGAGCAAAACAAGAGGCUAUUGACCAUGCAGAAUAAUGAGAAAGACACAGCGCUCCAUGAAGCUGUUCGCCAUAAUCACUUGGAGGUUGUUAAGUUACUGAUUGAAGAGGACCCCGAUUUGGCUUCCAUAGUAAACGGCGAAGGAGAUUCUCCUCUUUUCAUGGCGGUGGAUAGAUGCCUUCACCAAGUUGCCCUGCAUAUCCUAAACAAUGCUCCAAAGUGCUCUUAUCAAGGAAGGAACGGCAUGAACGUCUUGCACGCAGCCACAAUUCGCUCCAAAAGACAUUUUGGGCUUCAGAUUAUGGAGAAACUUCAGGCUUUAACACUAGAACAAGCUGAUGACUUUGGAUGGACUCCUCUUCACUAUGCCGCACAUGUUGGCAAUGAGGUGCUUGCUGAACGAUUUUUGAACAAAGAUAGGAAGAACCUUCCUUUCUCCAGGAACAAAGAAGGCUUGUCUGCCCUUCACAUUGCAGCAAAGAAAGGACAUGGUGCUGUCAUUAGAGUGCUGAUGGAAAGUUGUCCAGAAGUUUGUGAGUUGUUGGAUAAGCACGGUCGGACAACUCUUCAUAUUGCGGUGGAAAGUAGCGAGGAAAUGGUGGUGAAAUUUUUCCUAGAAUGGGCCAUGGCAUUUCAGGAUCUUAUAAAUCUGAAAGACAAUGAAGGAAAUACAGCUUUGAAUGUAGCCGUUACUGUAGGAGAUUUCCAUAUUUUAAGAAUUCUUACAAAUGACUCAAGAAUUGACAAGCGAGCUACAAACAAGGACAAAAAGACAUUUGUUGACAUAAUUCUAUCAAACAAGAAGCUAAAGGAUGCUGAAAUUUUGAAGAUCAUGAUGAGUUUGGAGAUAGAAAUUGUUUUACCACCACAUUCUGAACAGAAAGUGGACACAAGAAAAAUGAAUGAAGCUGAGAGUAAGGAAAAGAAAAAAGAUGAAAUACAAGUUGAAGAAAACGAAGAAGCCGACUGGAAACAGCUUGAAAAGAUGGUAAUGGUAUCAUCAGACAAGAAGAAGCUGUAUAAAAAUGAAGGACAUUUUGGAAAUAUGGUGAAGGAUUUCUCCAAUGUCAAUUCACUGGUAUCAUCAAUAAUAGCUGCCGCCACUUUUGCGGCCCCUUUCGCAAUGCCCGGUGGUUACAACGACCAAGGGCUACCAGUUCUCUACCAAAGUGAAGCAUUCAAAUGGUUUCUAUUUUAUGAUCAAUUGGCUUUUGUUGUAUCUUCUAGUUCCUUGUUGUUCCACCUUUUUCUCGUGGUUUGUGGAAGAAUAUUGGCAGUCACUAUACUCCCAGUUGUUUGGACAGUAUAUGUUACAGAGAUCUCACUUUGCAUGAUGAUUCUUGCUUUCGAGCAAGGUAUAAAGACAGUCAUCCCUAGAACAGAAAACCACAACAUCUUCAAGCAAAAGCCAGAAGAUUUGAGCCUCGCAACAGUGUCAGAAGUCGUUUUGGACUCUGGAGUUGAAACAUUAUAG